CUCAGGAUAACUUUGAUUAUGAAACUAUGGAUGAUCUUGUAAAUGGAGUAUUAACAAAUGAAGAAAUUAUGGAAUAUACUAUACAUGUUGAACGUUUACCAGAAGGACCCUUUGUGCUUCAGGCUGCUCCUGAUCUUAGUAGUUUGAUAGACUUAAACUUUCAACUUCUGUCUCGACAAGGUGGAUCUCAUUUGUCAUUGCCACCCUUAUAUGCCAAUCUAUCAGCUUCCGAAAUCAUAGCAAUCGGUCCACAAGUUUUUGCAGCUAAGUCAGCGAAAGUUCAUCAUAAAGCUAGAAUAAUCGGAGCGUGCUUUAUUGGACCUGGAUGUGAAAUAUCGGCAUAUGCUUGCUUAAUCGACUGUGCUCUUGGAGACAAUUGUUUUGUUGGUGAAAAUGCACGAUUAAGACGUGUUAUCGCUUUGGAAAACGUUCACAUAGCUAGUAAUGUGAAGGCGGACGUAGCUUGGUUGUGUUCUGGUGUUCGUAUACUUUCUGGAUUUAAACUUCCUAACCACUGUUUUAUAGGCCAUUCAUCAACAACAGCUGUAACAUUGGGUCCAGGAUGUGGUAACUUGCCGAUUAAGAGCGUUUUGGUUGCGCCUCGUGCAGGUGAUUUAGUUAUAGACCCUUCAGUCGGUGGUGAACAAGUCUGGGCAGCCUACUAUAAAAAGAGACAACCUUUUGGAUGA